AUGGCUCAACAACCAGGUGACUCAAAGAACACUGUCGAUAAGCUCACCGACACUGCUUCGUCAAUCGGCACAAACAUCAAACAGACGACCGAACACGAGGCCGGCAAGGCUCAGCCUCAGGCUGAUAAGGCAGGCGCGAAGGCAGAGAGCGUUGGACAGAACAUCCUAGACACCGGUGCUCACUACUCUGACAAGACAGGUGCCACAGAUGCAGGCAACAAGCUCGCCGGCAUUGGCCAGAAUGUGAAGGACACAGUUGAGCAUGAGCCAGCAGGUGCCAACGAUGCUGCCAACAAGCUUGCUGCUGUCGGUCAGAAUGCGGCAGAGACCGUCCAGCAUGAGGCUCAGAAAGCCAACAACUCUACGGGUGUCGGCGAGAAGACCUACCUUGAACAGGCUCAAGAUCUUGCGGCUAGUGCCCUCAACACUGCGAGUCAGGCGGCUAGUGACCUUGCCAACACCAUCUCCAAGGCGGCCUCUGAUGCUACUUCCGAGAAGAAGUGA